UGGGCCGCAAUUCACCGCUUCGGCUUCCAAAAAAUCCUAGGAGAACUCAAUGAGAAAAGGGUUCAUUCUCUGACCAACGUCCUUACUUUCAACCUCAACGUUCAUAGGGCCUUCAAUGAACUUACAUUAUAUUUUGAAGAAGAUACUAGCGUUCCGAACCGAUAUUAUGUUCGAUGCACGGGUGGCCGCCCGCAGGUCGUUCAUGCUGGCAUUCCUGACCACGUUACCUUCUCGACAAGUGAUGGUGUGAAUUACCCGUUGCCGGAGCCCAAAUACCUCAGGAUCCACGCCGCUUGCUGCAAGGUGGCUCAUAUGUCAGGAGCCGCCGACAUCUUUGUCCUCGAAGACGAUGAGGAUCCGGACCCUUCGGACCCUGCCUUUGCUCAUGCUUUGGAAGCGCGCCUUAGCUUGCUUUCAUAA